AUGAAGACUCACUUCCUGGUACCCUUCCCGGUGAAUUAUGUGGGCGAAUGCAUCCGAACUGUCCCCUACACGGACCCAGAUCAUGCCAGUCUUAAAAUCCUUGCACGUUUGAUGACUGCUAAAUUCCUGCAUACAGAAAUUCGAGAAAAAGGUGGCGCUUAUGGUGGAGGCGCAAAACUCAGCCGCAGUGGGGUUUUCACCCUUUACUCUUACAGGGACCCAAAUACAAUAGAGACGCUGCAAUCUUGUGGGAAGGCUGUUUACUGGGCAAAGUCUGGAAAAUUCACGCAGCAAGACAACGACAAAGCCAAACUUUGUCUUCUCAACCGUAGAUGCUCCUGUCGCUCCUUCAGACAAAGGAACGGACCACUUCUUGUAUGGCCUCUCAGAUGAGAUGAAGCAGACC